CUUAUCCUUACUGUUCUUCUUUCCAUCUGGCAGAAGCUGAAAUCCACCAUGGGCACCCUGCCACAGCUGGAGACUCCCGCUAAGAGGGUGGUGUUGGGCAAUGCCAAGCCCCAGCACCAUAUGGAUGCCACUCUGCCCCAUGUUACCAACAAGGAGGAGAUUCCAAGGGGACCUCACUUCCCCACAAACUUCAGCCCUUUGUUGGAGAAGCUGUCUGUGCCCUCCAGCCCCAAGAACCUGGUCAACAAGCUGGAGAAAGAGCAGGAGAAGGAGCAGGAGAAAGAGAGAUUCUUUGAAGGACUGAGGUUGCCUUUGUUGCCCACAGAGGCUCUGAAACACUCCCAGGAUCGGCUGACAAAGUAUGAGCAAGAAGAGAUUUUGGACUAUUCAGAAAUCUGGUACCUCGGUCUGGAUACAAAGAAAAUUGAGGCCUCCCAUGGCACACCGCAGAACUCUGGGUACGAUGAUGAGCAUGGCAGCUACAUCAAGGUAUUGCACGACCACAUUGCCUAUCGCUAUGAAGUACUGGAGGUGUUAGGCAAAGGAUCCUUUGGUCAAGUGCUGAAAUGUGUUGAUCACAAAAACAAUGAGAUGGUUGCUAUAAAGGUUAUUCGGAACAAGAAAAGGUUCCACAACCAAGCUCUGGUUGAGCUGAAGAUCUUGGAUGCAGUGAGAAGGAGGGACAAAGACAAUUCCUAUAAUGUCAUCCACAUGAAAGAGUAUUUCUACUUCCGCAAUCAUCUUUGUAUCUCGUUUGAGCUUCUUGGGAUGAACCUUUAUGAACUGAUCAAGAAGAACAACUUCCGUGGCUUCAGCAUGACCCAGGUCCGCCGCUAUGCAUUCUCUCUGCUUAGGUGCCUGCAGAUGCUGCACAGAGAGAAGAUCAUCCACUGCGAUCUUAAGCCGGAGAACAUUGUCCUGUCACAGAAAGGAGUGGGAAAUAUCAAAGUGGUUGAUUUUGGUUCAAGCUGCUAUGAACAGCAGAGAGUGUACACAUACAUUCAGAGCCGCUUCUACCGGUCACCGGAGGUCAUCUUGGGCCACUCCUACAGCAUGGCCAUUGAUAUGUGGAGCCUGGGCUGCAUCCUAGCCGAGCUCUACACCGGCUACCCGCUCUUCCCAGGGGAGAGUGAGUGGGAGCAGAUGGCCUGCAUCAUGGAGAUCUUUGGAAUGCCCCCAAAGGAUUUUGUCCAGACUGCAUCUCGAAGGAAACUAUUUUUUGAUGCACGGGGCUAUCCUAGACAUAUCACAAACAGUAAGGGGCGGAGGAGACGGCCCAAUUCCAAAGACCUAGCCACUGUGCUGAAGACCAACGAUCCCCUGUUUUUGGACUUCAUAAGACGCUGCCUAACGUGGAAUCCCAACAAGCGCAUGACACCAAAUGAGGCAAUGCAUCACAAGUGGAUCCAGGGGGCUCGCAUCUAUAAGACUCGACCCAAGACCUGGACUGCUAGAAAGCACACUGAGACCCCAAGUUCCCUGAACAACAGCUACGAACACGCACAAUGCAAGACAGCCAGUAACAGGACAGUAACCAGUGGAAUGGAGAAGAAUAGGAGAGACAAUUCUGGAAGGAACGCCAUACCUUCAAUGUCAGAACGUCUGAGGCCCAUCGGGGCAUCGACGGAGGAGAAGACAUCUGAGGAUGUAUCUGGACUUCAGCAGGAGGCCAUUAGCAAGGCAGGGCUUGGUGGAGAAAGGGCCAUCCACAUUAUCAUCAAGCCCCAGGAGCUAGUCGAACACAGACAUUGAGGCCCUGGGAUCUUCCUGCAGUG